CUUCAGGCUGAAGCUCUAGCUCCUUUUUUCGGAUUGGAGGCACUAGCAUCAGCCACCAGAAUUUAUUUUGAGUUCUAUAUUUUCUCGAUUGCGACUUGUCUUCACGAUUAAGUACAUAAUUUCAUCCCUGCCGCAUUGGCAGUAAGAACGAUGCCGGUGUCGCCAUCUUCAUCAUUAUCUGCAGUAGUGCAGGUAGCUGGUACGGGAACUACCGUAACCCAACAUCAAGGGCUCUCUUUUGCAGCAGAGGGCCUCUCGACGGGAAAUGUUGACGAGCACCUAUUUCUUUCUGAGCCUUUUUUUGGCGCAAAAUACGACACGCUGCCAAACCCGUCGACCGCAUUUUUGCUUUGCUGGUGCACCCUUGUGACCACCACUGCCUUGGGCUUCAGUCUCAUUUAUCGAUGGAAAACAAGGAGUGAUCUUGUUGCCGAAUGCUGCAAGGCCCAAGAAAACAACCCGCUUAGUUUCAUGCGAAUCUUUUUCUUUUUGCACGAUAAGAAAACACCAGUGCACCACGACAGCAAAAAAUCCGCGUGGCAGACUGCGACUUUAUUUCUUAGGGGUACUACUAGCAGUAGUUGUUCCCAACAAGAUCACUCGUAGUCUCCCUCUAUAUCGUUUUAAAAAGAGCCAGAGUAGUCGCCGCCUACUCGACCGCGCUGGUUUGGACUGCGGUUUGGCUCGGCCUGAUUGCUACGCUGGGCCAUUUAUGAAUUGCAAAAGUAUCGCAAGUACUCGUAUAAAUGCAUUACAAAUUUCCACAGCAUGAGAAAUAGAAUUUGUAAUGCGGGUUUUCCUUAAGAAAAUGAUCUGUAAUGCAUAAUUGCGAUUACUACGAGUACGAUACUUUUGCACAGGAUACUAUUUUGGCGCGUUCACGUACCAGCCGAGUGGGGGACACGGUCCGCCGGUCGGUUUCAUGGGCGUCAUGGUGGCGACGCUUUUUGCCAAUGGCUGGCCGGUGUUGGGGAAGAACCCUUCUUCUCCUCUGAUUUCAGCAGACGAUCUUCCAUUCUACCUCGUCUGCGGUUGCCAGUGCUUCCGGAUUUUUGUGGAGGGGAUGCUGCACUGGGCACACGUGGAGGGAUUUGCACCCAAGCAAAUCACUUGGGAAGGGAACAACUUCGACGUUGUGACCGGCCUUGCCGCCUUGCCCGUUGCAGUCUACCUGUAUUUUUCUGCGGAGAAGAAGGACCACGACGGCACAACAAGGAAUGCGGCUGCAGAUUCAACACUACUCGUAUCGGGCAAUACUACCACAGAGCAAUCAGCCGCACUGAUGCAAGAGGUAGAAGCGCUUGGAGUCCUCGGCGAGCAGGAGCAAGCAGCGUUUAUUUCACCUGCGAGGAAAAAAACCAAUCUUUCUCCUGUCGCAACCGCGGUCGUGUGGACCUUCAACGUCGUUGGGAUCACGCUCCUGCUCUAUCAAAUGUAAAAAUGUCUGGGUCUGGAAGAUUCUGAGAUUUGUCAUGCAUGUUUUGCAUGACCCAGGAUGUCUGUAAUGCACGACCGCGCGUCACAGAUUUUGAGCGGGCUUCCUGAUGCCUACUCCGCAUGACAAACGCCCUCCCCGCGUAGCACAAACUAGACUCCUCUUGCUGGUCAUGCAAUACGGAUUUUCCUAGAGUCCAAAGUUAGCAUCACAAGUUCCAAUCUUCCAGACCCAGACAUUUUUACAUUUGAUAUGCUCACCGUAAUCACGACCGCCGUGGCGUCGCUGCCGAAUUCGCCAUUGGGAAGAGCGCUGAACGUUUAUCAGCACCCAAAAGAGCUGCAGUGUGUGUGGAUUCUGCAUCUUCCAUUCUGUUUUCUGCCCCUGUUUCUGGCCCAAAUUGCGUUUGGAAGCCAUUUGCUGAUUUUCAGAAAGCUCGUUAUGAAAUGA